UUGAUAAGGGCUGUCAGCUGACCAGCUGACACAAAGGGAAGGGGAUAUGACACAUUCGCGGGAGAUAUGGUUGCGUCGUACUCAUCUAUUUAAAUAUUGGAUCGUACUCAACAUUGUAUAAGUCACUUUGCUUUCAGUUGAAGCGGGAGUCUCGGUCAGUGUUCAUUGCAAAAUAUUUUAGGACACUCCCGCUAGUGACUAUUAAAGUUGAUGAGGUAGCAACAUAGCUUAAACUACCUUGAUUAUGCUGUGCGUACAUUUGCUGACUUGCGAAUUGCUUUGAUUGCAUAUUUAUAGCAUAUGCCAUUGUCUUCACAGCAGUUCUUGCCAUCAAAGCGAAGCAUGGUGACGCGUUUAGUGGUUCUAGCGGCAGCCUUCGGGUUAGCGUUUUGCUUCGUGGGAUAUCAACCGGAGCAAAUCCACUUGUCUUAUGGAGACAAUCUUUCUGAAUUAAUAGUGACAUGGAGUACUCUCAACAAAACUCGUACUCCUGUGGUGGAAUACACAGUUCAGAAGAAAAUGGGUGCAAAUGAAUUUAAUGAAAGAGCCGAGGGAAAGACUGUUGUGUUUACAACACAUGGCUUCAAGAAAUUUAAAAAUAAAAUAAAGACACAAUAUGUUCACUCAGUGAAACUGACCGGUCUGAAGCCAGGCAAAUCUUACUUGUACCAUGUGGGUAGCGAGCUUGGCUGGUCAGAGGUUUUCUUUUUCAAAACUCCACCUGCGGAUCAGAGCAGUUGGAGCCCGCAUGUUGUUGUGUUUGGUGACAUGGGAAAUGAAAAUCCGCAAUCUCUCCCUCGCUUACAACAGGAAGUGCAGAAGGGCAUGUAUGAUGCCAUUUUGCACAUUGGUGACUUUGCAUAUGAUUUGGAUUCGGAUUUAGGUGAAAGAGGUGAUCAGUUCAUGAGGCAGAUUCAGUCUAUUGCUGCAUAUGUUCCUUACAUGACUUGUAUGGGCAAUCAUGAAGAAAGACAUAACUACAGUGAAUACCGCAAUCGUUUCCGAAUGCCUGGAGGAGAAGAGGGAGAAUUCUACUAUUCCUUCAACUUGGGGCCGGUGCACUUCAUUUCUAUUUCAACUGAAGUGUACUACUUUACUGGUUAUGGACUGAAACUGGUUGUUAAGCAGUUCAACUGGCUUGAAAAGGAUUUGGAGGAAGCAAACCUUGAAAAGAAUCGCCGACUUCGUCCUUGGAUUGUAGUUGUUGGACAUCGACCCAUGUAUUGCUCUAAUAAAAAACAUAGAGAUUGUUCAGAUCAAACAGCGAGAACUCGGACAGGGUUGCCUGUUGGAAAUUGGUUUGGCUUGGAAGACCUUUUAUUCAAGCAUAGAGUAGACCUGGCAUUCUGGGCCCACCAGCAUUCUUAUGAACGGCUGUGGCCUAUCUACAACUACACUGUUUUGAAUGGUUCUACAGAAGCUCCCUAUACAAAUCCUAGAGCACCUGUGCACAUUACAACAGGUUCUGCAGGUUGCAAAGAAAAAACUUCUCCAUUCCCUGAUGAUAAGCCAUCGUGGUCUGCGUUUCGCAGCACAGACUAUGGCUACACACGAUUGGAGCCCGCAAAUCAUACCCACUUAUUUGUGUCUCAGGUGUCUGACACAAAAGGUGGUGCUAUUAUUGAUAGUAUAUGGAUAAUCAAAGAGAAGAAUAAGUUAUAUUUCUCUCCAUGACACCUUUUCUUUGAAAUGAUGGCUCUCUUUUUGACAUUUAUCCUGUGAUAAAACAAAAAAAAACCAAUGAUAUUUACCAAAAAUAUUUGGUGAGAAAGUGUGCAAGUCUUUUUUAUCUUUAUACUGUGAUGUGCUUGAAUAUGUAUACGAGUGUAAUAUAUUUGUAUAUUUGUAAUAAAGAAUGAAUUUAUUAUUUUUAAACAGUGUAAUUUUUGUGAAUAGGAUGGUGAUGAUGUAAAAUAUGUUUUGUUGUGUUUUUUAAUUGUGUAAAGCAAGGUCCUAAAUGAAAUUUUUAAUUCCCAACAGUUUAAAAAACUCUCAAAAAAAC